AUGCAACAGGGCUCAUCUUCGCAGUGUGACAAACACGUAGAAAGCAUGUUUAAUGAAGAGGUAGCUGAAAACCGCACGAUUCCACAGAAGUUUUAUACUCUAUCUUCAGAGGAUAUCCAUAUUUUGAGAUUUCUCGUAAUUUUUGGGGUUUUUCUGAGCCUAUCGGCAACAUUUAGUAAUAUACUGAUCUUCACCGUUCUUCAAAAGAUAUCUUACUGCCAUUCACCCUCCAAGAUUUUACCUAGCUCUUUGGGGCUAUGUGUUGGAAUCAUUGUGGUUCCGCUUCAUGUUACAAACAGAAAUCUUUGUUACCACACAGUGACCGUCAGGUCAAAUGUUAUUGUUACA